GCCAGAAAGAAGAGAGAGAGAGGAGGGAGAGAGAAAAGGGAGAGAGGGAAAGUGACUGUCUGAAGUGGGCAAGGACUGGGAAAAGGAGUGUUCAUCCAAGUGAGAGGGCGAGUGAACCUUUUGAGAGUCUAAUUGAUUCUUUUGUUGACUGGCGACUCUCUGACCCACCUGUCAAUACUGACAGUCCAAAAAUGGCUCAGCUAACUUCAGUGCAAUGGCGGACCUUGUUAGAUGAAGCCAAUGAUGCCGAAAAACCAUACCUACAAGCACUCCUAGAUAGUGCAAUCAAAAGGGAACAGGAGGCAGAGAAGGAGAGGAAGGAGACAUUGUUGAGAAGGCAAGUGGCCAUCCUAGAGAUUGUUCCCUCACUGGCUGAAGAGCAGUGUGGGGAACAAUUGCAGUCUAUACUCAUCGGCCUUGUUCAAGUCAGGAACCUUGAGGAUCAUACCACUCAGAUCGUUGAAGUCUUUGCAAAGUUGCAGACACUUCAAGAUGAUCUGACUGAUAUGACCCGCAAGUACCAUGAUUUGACAAAGGAGGUGGCUGAGCUGCGACAAGCCCAAGUGGCGAACCCUCUUCCUCUACCCCCUGGAUCUGAAGUUGCAAUUGAAACUACCUCUGCCCCUCUUACUGUAUCUUCAUCCUUGAAUGUGAUGGCAGCCCCCUCGGGAACUGCAACAGGUGCAGAUUCCGCUGUUGCUGUGACAAGCAACGAGGCUGGAAAUUCUGCAACUGCUGCAGCCCCAAGAUCGGAACCAGUCGGUGCUGGUCCCAGCUACGCCGGUCCCUAUGUGGAUCGUAAGGCGGUUCAAAUACCGUCUAAGUACGACGGUAAGGAAGACAUCAAAUCCUGGAUCAGCUCCAUGAGGGCAUAUUUCGAUAUUCUGGGGACUCAACUUGAGAAGCAGUCCGUGAUCAUGGGAAUGAAUGUCGAGCCGGUCGUGCGGGGCUUCUUAGAGGUCCAAGCUACGCGAGCUGGGAUUCCUAAAAUUCAACUAACAAGAUGGCUUAAGGCCACCCCGGUUGCCUCCCUCGAGGAACUCCUCAUAUCACAAUACCUGGAUCCACAUGCUGCAACAAGGGCAAGAAUUCAGCUUGACAAAAUCAAGCGCAGCAAGUGGACGGGCUCCAUGAAAAGCCUGCAGACGUAUCUUAGCAAGAUGUUUGCCACAACCGGAUUGGAACUGCGCAAUCUUGCUUGGAUGUGGUCAAAGGCGCGGUUCCCACUAACUUUACUAAUCGCCUGGGCAGGGACUUCAUUGUCCCAAUGCGAAUGGACCAAGUGGAAGGAGUCACUUUUCAUGAUCAAAGAUGCUAGAAGGAACGAGCUUCCUGUCCUCUUGGAUGAGAAGCACGAGUCCCCAGUGACUUUUCUGAAUGCAAUGCAGUUCUGCAAGAAAUGGCGCAAGCACAAGGAGGAAGAGCAGUUGUAUGUUGCCUUUGUUCGUCCUACCCAUGUGCCAUCUACUUUUGCAGCUAUGACCAAGCGACAGCACGCCAUGAUCCAUCAUGCGAACAAGAAGCGUCGACCGUCGGAUAUUGAGGUAGGAAGCUAUGUCUGGGUCAAGAUGUCUGAAUUCUCAGAAGAAGAGGGAGUCUCACGCAAACUUCUCCCUCUCUAUUACGGGCCCUGGGAAGUUUUGGAUGUGAUUGGUGAAGAUCACUUUGGCCCUUCGUACGUCGUUGAUGUGCCAGCCCACCUGCGCACAUACCCCGUGUUCCACGCAUCCAAAUUGUACCUCCAUGUGAUGCUAAGACAUUCGAUUAUCGAGAAGAUAUGAUCCUUCCCGCGAUCAAAGGUGGGCAUGAGAUACACAGGAUCAAACCGCACGUAGGGAAGGGACGCAACAAACAGUACCAGAUCAC